UUUUGUCGUUUUUGUCGCUCUUCUAGUGCAGCGCUUGCUUUUUACUGAUGUGGUUGAGAGAAAUUCACAAUGUUAGGCGUGUCUUUGAUUGUUUUGCUCAUGGCAAAAGAUUUCAACUGCGCGCAUGGAUAUCUGUUUGAAUUUAGAAAAUCGGGGCAGCUACAGUUCUGCGUCUCAGAUGAAGCAGUGGCAUUCUCAAAACGUGAUCUGGAUAAUAUUGAAGAUUUCACAAAAGUGGAUGUGAAGUCUUUAAACGGAGCUGAUAUUCCUCUCGCUAAGUACGAUUGCAAUUUGGUGCUUGAAAGAGGAUGUGAAUUUUGGAAUACAGCACAGUUCAAUAAAGACGAUUGGUCCGAUCGUUUUCCAUUGGUUACUGACUUUCGUUGGAAUGAUUUUCCAGUUGUCUUGGUGCAGAAAAGAUUUGAGCCCAAAUUUACCAUUCCGAAAGGCCUAAAUUUCACAAAGCAUUUUUCAAUUCUGGCCCACGGCUCAGCACGUUUCCUAUUUACGGAUGAUCCAAUAUUUGCAAAAGGAGUGAACGUUGUUAUCGAUGGAAUUGGUCACACUUCUGCUUUAAGAUACUGCACGAAAAUACCUCCUGAAUUUUCGAAAAAUCGAUAUCCAACCUGUGGUAGACCCUAUGCAGUUACAACGAACAAUAAAGUUCUUAGCCAAGGAGAGAAAUGGGCACACGCCAUUCUGCAAAUUUCUAAACAUGACUCAAAUAGAAAAGAUGUGUUAAUCAUAACAGACAAGAUUUUUGCUCACCUCGUUCCAAAUAGUCAAAUGAAGGAAAAUUCGGAUUAUUACGUCUCUUUUAGGACUAGUGCGACAGGUCUCUUCAAGGUCCACACAUAUAACGUCCUCCAUUCUUCGACAAAUCAAAGUUCGAUGGAAUUGCUUUUAAGUGAAGAUUCGUCAGAUUUUUUAUGCAUUGAUGUCAUUUUCCUGAUGACCAAAUCCUUCAGAAUUGAAACAACUGUACUAUCUUUGGAGAUAGUUGAUGAAAUGAGGAGAAUUCAAUUCAAGAAGGUUAUCAACAAAAAAGACAGGACUAAUGAAUGGUUCACUGCGAGAAUAAGUUCAAGAGAUCAUACGCUUAAAAGAGGCUGGAGAGUAAAGCUGACUGCUCACAUUAUCGAGAUUGUAAUUGGCGCGGUUAAAUUCUGCAAAGAAGGUUUUACGGUGAUAAGACCUAGACAGGCUAUGACGCAUUGUUCUUCAUUAGUGAAUAAAAACAUUGAUCCGACAGAGGAAAAAAUUAAAUUGACGCAAUUGCUCUCCGAGCUUCCCGGAUGUGGCAUGUUCGGCAACAAUUGUGCUGGAGUGAGAGCGUGUGGCCAGAGCGGAAGUUGCUCGUGCUUGGCUGGAUUUCACGGAGACAGCUGCACAAAAGUAAAAGAAGAGAACCUCUUACGAUUAGUGCUCACCUCAGUGAUAACAAUAUUGGGGAUUUUGACCGCGCUCGCCACUCUCGCAGUUUGGAUUUAUUUAAGGAAAUUGCAGAACUCUCGGCCAGUAAUCAAUCUACCCAGCAUCAAAUUUUUCAAAAACUCGGAUAAUCAGAGAACUGAUUACCAGACAUUGUUAGAGGAUCAUGCUUUUGUGUUGGGAGACAGGCCAAAAGAUUCGAAGUCAACAGAGGUUGAACGGUACUUGCUAUCGGCCUUUGCAGGAGUAAACUUCCUCAAGGACCAGUUCGAGAAAUUCCCGCUUGGUCAAACGCAGUCCUGGGAUUGCGGCUUCAAACCGGAAAAUAAGAGCAAGAACCGGUACGCCUAUUUGGCCGCUUACGACUGGUCACGUGUGAAACUGGUGCUUCUUCCUGGAGACAAAAACUCCGACUACAUCAACGCCAACUACGUGGACGGUUACGAACGGCCAAAAGCAUAUAUUGCGGGCCAAGGACCAACGGAAGACACUCUCGAUGACUUUUGGCGAAUGGUUUGGCAGGAAAAAGUAUCGUUGAUUGUUAUGGUAACCAAUCUAGUUGAACGUGGAAAGAAAAAGUGUGAAAAAUACUGGCCCGACGUGAACCAGGAAAAGAGACACGGCCUCAUUUCUGUUCGCACCAUUAAUGAGGAAAUAACCGCCGACUUUAUCACGAGAGCUUUAUUGGUUUCACGCUAUGAUACUAACAGACUCGUUCAACAACUUCACUACACGAGUUGGCCUGAAAACGAAGUGCCGCCGUAUCCGCAGUCUAUGGCGAUGUUUGUCGAGAAAAUGUUUGAACACAAAGAUAAAAACCACCCAAUAUUGGUCCACUCCAGUGCUGGAGUGAAAAGAACAGGAACGGUCAUUUUGAUCGAUGCUUGCCUUCGAAUGGUCAGAUCGUUCGGCCGUAUCGACGUCGUCAAUAUUUUUGCUCGAAUGCGAUCUCAGAGAGCCAAUUUAAUCGACAAUUUGACACAAUACGAAUUCGCACACCUGGUGCUCUUGGAGAUAAUUGCAAAUCCAACUUUUGAAAUCAGUUGUGAGAAAUUCUGUGAAGAAUACAAGAAGCUAAAGGCAAACAACAGGAAGAACCUGAAUGAGAAUUUUUCUAAACUGAAAGAAAUCUGCGAGAGAGAUUUUCAGAGGGUAGAAACGCCUGUCAAAAACGAAACAGCCAAGUGCAGAAACGCAGACUUUAUUUCCUCAUCAAACGCCAUCGUUCGACUGUUUCCUUACGAAAACGUUGUGACCACGAGUUUUAUCAACGCCGUCACCGUAGACGGAUAUCAGAAAGCCAAACAAUUUAUCGCGACGCAAGUGCCGAUGAAAAAUACAGUUGAGGAUUUGUGGAGGAUGAUCGACCAGAACAACGUCAAACAAAUCGUCGUCCUAAACGAACCGCUUAUUUCAGAUUCAGAAGUUUAUAAAUUUGCUAGUUUCAUUUUUCAGAAUUUAAAAGUAAUCUUUCAGGGCGAAUUCCUACCAUCAAAAGAACGCCGGUUUACCUUUGGAAAACUCAAAAUUAUUUUGGAUGAUUUUACAGAGGAAAAGAAGUUCAAAACUCUGAAUGUGCAACUGAAUACGAGGGGAAUAUCCAAAAAGGUGAGCGUGAAAAUGGCCUACGACUGGAGGCCGGGGAAGGUCACCCCGCCAAACACGGAAUUGCUCAUUGAGCUAUGGGAUAGUUUGAAAAUCACGAAUGAUAAAGACGUCAUCACCGUUGUUUGCCAUGACGGAGUGACGGCCUGCGGCCUUUUCCUCGGCAUUGGUUUCGUGAUCGAAAAAAUCAAGUUGGAGAACGAGGUCGACGUCGGACUAGCGGUGCGGACUCUGAGGAAAUCGAGACCGGCGUUUCUUUCCUCAGAAGUCCAGUUUGGAUUUCUGUAUGAAGCUGCCAAAAACUACUUGUGCUCCUUUGACACCUACAGAAACUUCAAAUGAGCCAAUUAUUCUACAAACACACCUUACACCUUAAACAUGUUGCUGAAAUUGAAAUUAUACAUAUUUAUGAAAAACCAUUGUGGUUUAAAUAUAAGUUUAGUCGAAUAAUGAAAUGCAUGAACUAUAAAAGUCACCAAACAUAAAACGGGUUGUAUAACAAUAAAGUCAUUACAUUAU